AUGCAUAAAUUGGCUGUCGAGUGCUGGGCGGACAACAACUCGGAUCUGAAAAACGGAACAUACUGCAGAAUGGAGUGGAUAAAGACCCAGUGCAAGGAGUACUUUCUUAACGGCGGCAGAGAGAAAUAUGAUAAGAGAGAGCGGGACAUAAACGCUAAAAUGACUCUCUCCUCGACGAGUCCGAGCGUCGAGGGUCGAACGCGCGAGAGCGACCCGGGCUGUGCGGAAGAUCGAUUGCAAGAUCUGUCUGAACGGAGAAUAUCGGUGCUGGACGUAGGCAGCUGCUACAAUCCUCUAGGUGUCGACGUUGCGUUCGACGUCACCGCGAUAGAUCUCACUCCCACGGCGGAGGGGAUCUAUCGGUGCGACUUUUUGAACGUCGCGAUCGGCAGGGAGAAGAUUCUCUCGCAAGACACACGGGACGUUCGUCAGUUGCCCGCGGAUUUCUUCGACUCCGUGGUGUUCUCCCUGUUACUGGAGUACCUGCCGUGUCCGGAACAGAGAUACGUGUGCUGCAGAAACGCGUACGACGUGCUGAAAAGCGGCGGCAUACUGAUUAUCGUGAGCCCGGACUCGAAGCACGUCGGCGCGAACGCGAAACUGAUGAGGUCCUGGAGGUACACGCUCAGCCGGAUGGGAUUCAUGCGAAUCAAGUACGAGAAACUGCGCCAUAUUCACUGCCUGGUGUUCAGGAAGUGCGUGCGCAAAGACGUGGCGAUCCGGUGGUCCGAGCUGCAGCAUUUCUCCGAGGCCGACGGCGAACGCGUGUCCGAGACGAAGAUUUUUAUCCCGCAGGAUUUCCAGACCUCCCCGUUCCCCGAGGGAGAACGAGACAAGUUGGAAUACGAGGAAACUGAUUUAGCGAGCGCUUUCUCUGAAUUACCGUUCGAUAACGAAGCGCCAGCGUGA